AUGAGAAGCAGUGCACCUCUCCGCGAGCUUCAUGUCGCCUUGGUUGGAAUGUCCGGGUCUGGAAAAUCAGCCGUAGCAGUGAAAUACAUCACGAAACGAUUCAUUGGAGAGUAUGACUCUACUCUCGAAGACAACUACUGCCGGCAAGAAACAGUCGGAGGGCAAUGUCUGAUGGUUUGGAUGAUGGAUACUGUAGAGAGUGCGACGAAAGACGAAAUGAGAUGGAUUGCAUGGGCAGAUGUGUAUGUAGUCGUGUAUGACGUCACCAGUCAAUUGAGUUUUCAAUACGCCGAAGGAAUACUCGAACGAAUCUCCCGUCACGAGCAUGUCUUGUGUCCUCGUGAACAUCGAACCCUUCUCGUCGGGAACAAGAGUGAUUUGGAAAGAUAUCGACAAGUGUCUGAAACUGAAGGAGAACGACUCGCUUCUCAACAAAAAGCUUACUUUGCGGAGUGCUCAGCUGCCAGUGAUCUUCGGCAGUUCACUCAGAGUCUGCAUUCGAUUUUCCAGAACAUAAUCUCGGGAGCUCGCAGCCCAUCUCCUCGACAAUGCUCAUCAGAUUCCGAGAUCAUCACUCCACGAAAAGGUGCUUUCUCGUCACUCCGAUCGUCGUCUCGGUCAUCACAAGUUCGUGCGAAGACGUCGACAACGAAGACUCCAGCACCACUUCAUAAGACGCCGUCGUUGAGUAAAUUGAAGACAGGAAGCAAGUUAUUGAAGCUGUUUCAUACAUAA